GGGUGGAGACCUAAGCGAAGAUGGGGCGGGACCCCGAGGGGGAGGAGGCGGAGCCUGCGGGCUUUGGGCGCGAGCUGUUGAAAGGCGGUUGGUGCGGGUUCGGUUGCUCGGUGCGGCCCCGGCCGGCCCCAUGGCUGACCCCGAGGAGAUUCGGGCUUCGCCGCCGCCGCCGCCUCCCUCGUCUCCGUCUUCAGGCGCCUCUUCGUCGUCCCUCAGCAUGCCAGUGCGUUUGGGCUGGCGGAGUCCGAGCCGGAGCCACGCCGCAGCGGUGGACCCCCUGGAGCAAGUGGAGCUGCAGAUCGGGGACGCGGCAUUUUCAUUAACGAAACUUCUCGAAGCCACAUCUGCGGUAUCAGCCCAGGUGGAGGAGCUUGCCUUGAAGUGUACAGAAAAUGCACGUUUCCUGAAAACGUGGCGGGACCUCCUGAAAGAAGGCUAUGAUUCCUUGAAACCCGACAACUGACUUGCAGAUGCGGUCGGGUAACGAAUGACUCACCCGUAAGAUAUUUGCACAUGGACCACGUUUAUGAGGCUGCCAGUCUCCAGACAUGCCGAGAUGGAGAGUUUUCUUGGGAUUCUUGACUUUGAGAAAGCAGAAUACUGAAGGCCAUUUUGUUUGUUUUCUCUCUUAUGACAGUGUUUACCUUAAAUACUUUCUGCCCUCUAAGCUUUUGUAGACUCCUUUAUGAAAGCUAAUUUCAUCAGUAAAUAGUUGGCUGUCUUAGUGCCCCAGUGCAACCAGGCCAUUAUUUGUUUUUCGAGAAGAUUCCCAAAAUGACUGAGUUUGGAGUCGUUUUGUCCCCGAAGGCAGCCGAUGAAGACUUCAGGUGGUGGUCCAGCUCCAUGGGACCAGUGAUGGCGCCUUCUUUCCUUGUCAGUACCCAAAGCCACAUCACACAGCCCUCAGUGCCUGGGACUGAGACUCGAUGAGUGUCACCAGAAGCGCUUUUGCUCCUGAUUUCUAGGUUGAAGACUAAUUGUUUCUCUAUGAAAACCACCUGAGUCUAAACUUAUUGGCUUGAAGAAAAAAUUCUGUCUAUUUUGUGGGAAUCUGAGUGCUCUUCUGUCUUGAGACCAGGCUUCUGUCUCAGGCUCUUCAACGGCAGGCAGGAGUCCUGUAGGCAGCCCCAUACCCUGACUGGGGGGGCUGAGUCUUGAUGAUGACUUUUAAAGAUAUUUUAAAAAUAUUUUCCCAUUCUAUGAUCCUAUUUUUAAAAAGCUUUUACUUCAUAAAAUGAAAACUUUUUAAUAGACUACAUACUUUGGUCUAUUUAUUUUUAUAGUCAGCUGCUUUUAUAGCUAAUAUCUUUCUUAUUAUUAGUGUUCUAUAUGUCUGAUGGUUAUCUUUGAAAUACGCUACCAAAUUUAUGGCCGUGUGCUAUUAAUAGAGCUUUGCAAGUUAUUUGCAUUAUUUUAAAGUUAGUUUGUUUCCAGUGUAUCCAUUUAACUGUUUCAAUGCAUUUCAGAUCAGUUGCCCUUGCUGUUGGGUUUGAAUUUACCUGUACUGUAUUUUAUGUAAUUCGUGCCGUCUUUCUUCAAGCCGUGUACACCUUGAUGCAUAGGAGCUUUAAGUAUCUUUUAUGUGGUGUCUCUGUAGAUAUGUCUAUGUGAACAGAACUGUAUUCUAAAGUCUCACAGUGAGCUGUGGUAGGGGACAAACGGAUGGGCAAAGACUAGUUUUGACACAGUCAUAGUUAAUUUUUUUGUUUGUUUGUCUUUUAGUUAAGAUCACACAACACGUAUGGUGUGAUUUCUGUACCAAAGAGAUGCUUGUUCCCGUAUAAGAGAAAUACGAAUUGUAAUCUGAAAAUUGCAGUUUAAAAAUGUAUAAAAAUAAAUGAGUUACAAGUAAAUUUCUGUUUCCUUGGUCAUUUAUUUAAAACUUUCUGAGGUAGCUCAGCCAUUCAGAAAAGGUGAAUGAUUUAAAUAAUUUCCAUGCAUUCCUACCAUGCAGAGAUAAUAUUUGCAUUUUUUUCAGUACCCCCCCCACUCCCUCCUCCCCAAUGUUAGAACCACUGGAAAUGUGUUUUGCUACCUCAUAUACCCAUCCCCUUGUCUUUCUUCCUACAGCCACAGCCUUAGAAGUGUUCAUUGUUUGUUACUUUGUGAUUAUAUGAUUUAAAUAAUUGCUUACUUGUAUCCCCUGCUACCCCAUGUCAUUCUGAGAACUGAGGGCCUUCUGGAUGCUUUGUGUUUUUAUAUUUUCCCUAUGUGCUGGCUAGGCUGUGUCCCCAUGAAAGGAGGGAACCUCGGUUGAGAAAACACCUCCAUUAAGAUCCAGCUGCAAUGCAUUUUUUUAUUGAGAGAGAGAGAGAGAGAGAGAGAGAGAGAGAGAGAGAGAGAGAGAUUGCUCACAUGAGUGCCAUGUCCAAGGAAGCCAUAAGAUCAAAUCCUCUGGACCAAUGAGAGUACCUGGAGUGAAAUUUGGGUCCUCGGGAAAAGUAGCAAGGGUUCAGUGUUCUCCCAACCAGUUCACCUCCUUGUGUCCAAAGUCUGAACUGCAAUAAAGCCGUUUCUCUUCUUUUGUUGUUUUCAUUUUUUUUUUUUUUGCAUCAUUCAGAAUCCAUUACACAAUCCAAAAAUCUCAGAGAAUUACACUGUGUUUUCUUCUAAGAGCUUUGGAAGUUACUUUAAGGUUCCCAUGCCAAAUAAUGAGUAUAGAUGGCAUCUUCACACACACGUACACUUGUCCUCAUUUCUUCCCCACACUGCGAGCCUUUGUGCCCCUAACUCCACAAAAUCCUACUCCUUCUUCCCCAACUCUCUUCCCUGUCCCUUACUCAAUAUGUCUUCCCUCUCGCGGUUCCUUUUGUAAUUUCAUUUCACAUACGUAUCCACACACACACACACACAUGCACACUCAUGUGAGAGAAACAUACUAUUUACCAUUUGAGUCUGGCUUAUUUCAUUUAACAUACACAUAAUGGAACUUUAUUCAGUCAUCAAGAAAAAGAAAAUGGCAUUUUCAGAAAAUUGGACGUAACUGGAGAUUUCCACGCUAACAGAUAGAAUGCAAAAUGAAUCCCAAACCAGAAGUAUUUCUAUGUACCCACGAUGAACUUGCUUCAAUUCAAAUAAAGUUUCUUAUUGAUAUAUAGGAAGGCUACUAAAUUUUUUAGUACGUAAAUUCUCUUUUUUUUUUUUUACAAUGAACAUCAAGGCUCUUUCUCUUUUUUCUUUCCUUUUUUUUGUGAACAGAAUUAACAAUAAAUAGGCGUCUCAGGGGUCUGUUAACACAGAGGGUGUACACCCAUAAACUGAUUAGCUAGGUCACAUGGUAUUUCUAUUAGAAA